AAUAUCUCCAACUCAAUUAGAAUAUAUUCCAGAUUGAAAAUAUUUAUGUAAAAGAUGAAGAUGUAUGGAAUUGCAGUUUUCAUACUUGGAGUUAAAGUGUUGUGUAUAAACGGGCUCACUGUGACUAAAAGUGAAGGAGUUUUAUCUUCACUAGAUGAACCAGCAACACUAGAAUGUCAAGUGGAUAAUCUAGUAGAGUUCUGCAGCUUUAUCAGGCCAGAUAAGCUUGAAGUUUGCCAGAACGGACCAAACAAUGAUCUUGUUGGUAAAUCAUGUAUAAAUGAUGACUCAGUUCAAGUACUGACGGGAGGUUCCAGUUGUAAGCUGAACAUCACCCGAACGAAAGAACACCAUUUUGGAAAAUGGGGUUGCAAGGCUAUGUUCUGGGACGAAUGGGCAGAGAGUACAUUAGAUCUGGGAACUUUUAAAAUGGGUGAACUAGAGCUAAAAGAUGUGUGGGGAACCUUGAAACUAGAAACCGAUAUUCAACAGACACUGUCUUGUCUACUUACUCUAGAUGACCCUCUUGAGUCUGGGUUCGAAGGAACCAUAUUAAACUGGGAGCUUGGAGAUAUAGAGGAUAGAAUACAGCUCACAGAAGCAGUUCUAGAGAUGAGGAAUGGAAGAACAGAAUUUGAAAGUACCCUACAGCUAACCCCUACACAGGCGGAUGAUGGAAAAAUGUUGUAUUGCUCUUCAGGAGUCACUGGAAAGGAUGAUUAUGUGACCUUGGAUCUGUUCAAAUUCAGUUUUCCUAACUCGGAAUCUAUGAGGAUUGUAGAGGGAGGGGCAGCAACUUCGACGAUCCAAUUCCAAGCUUAUCCAAGGAUACAAUCUGACCAGGUCAAACUUGAAGUACGGGAGAAUAACGGUAUAAUGGUAAACACUAUUCCUGCUGGACAAACUGCAGGUGGAGUAUCUGUGGAUUAUGUGGAGAACUUGGGAGGACGGAAUAUGCAUUCUGUGGAUGUUACCAUAAAUAACAUUACUCAGAAAGCUUCUAAUUACAAGUAUACAAUAAUCUACUCUACAGACGCUCAGGAGUACAGAACUGAGCUAGAUAUAGUACUAUUACCUAGAGUACAAUUACCUGAUGAGGUUGUAACGGAUAAACCUAACUUCUUCACAACUACCACAAUAGUAGUGUCAGACUCAUUAGUGAGCAAGGAGAGUAUGAGCCUGUAUAUUAUUAUUGGAAUAAUAGUUGUCUUUUCAAUUCUCUGCAUUGCAUACUACUCUUUUAAAUGUUGCUGUAAAGAAGAGGAGGCAAAAAAUGACCCUGAGCUGGCUCCAAUGGUUGUGAUUGCAGAGACUGGUCAGCCUGGAGUCAAUUCACCCCUUCUAAAGGAUGGACCUGAGAAGGAUCAAGUAGUUGUGAAUGGACUGGACACUGUGGAUUUUGAAGACUUAAACACUGCAACUAAACUGAAAAGCUUCAAUGAGACAGAAUUAAAGAAGAGUGAACUUGGCGAUCAAACCUUGGCUGCUCCUGCUGACAACCCACCUUCAAUCAUGGAGAACAAAAAAUUACUUGGAGCUGAUCAAGAGGUCAAAGCACCAGCUGCCCCGACCCCAGCAGUUCAAGCAAGGGAGCUUGAAGCUCUUCUAGACCCAACAAUCAACCAAGAUCUUGAGAAAACUGCAAUAGAAGAAAAAAUUUCUACUCUACAGAAUCUAACUAAAAAGACUAGUAAAGAAAAUGAGGAGAAUAAGGAGAGCUGGGAUGAAAACUUAAAUGUUGAGGAGGACUUGAACAAACUCCUAAAAUCUAUAAAUUUUGGUGGUGAUGAAAAUAAUAACCAAGACGAGGCUAACCAGGAGAUUCCAGAACAUUCACCAGCUGAGGAUGACCUUGAGGUUAAGUCUCCUCUAGAAGUGUCUCAAGUAGAGAUACCACUGCAAUCUCCAACUUCAACCCCAGAACAUCAGUUCCAGGAAUUUGUUUUAACAAUGAGGCCAACACUAAAGCUUAGUCAACUUAAGACAGAACAAAACCAGUUUGAAACCCUUUCUUCUCCGAGCUUAGUUUUAAACAGUGUACCAGCGCCCAAGCCAGCUUUGACAGAGAAUGGGGAAAGUGAGCGUUUGGGAUUGAAACCUCCCAAGGGCCCAAGAGGAAUGAACUUGGUGUCAGCGCAAGUUCAAACAGACUCUAUGAUUAGAAAGCAGAAGUCUGUUACUCUGUCUAGGUCCAACAGUAUGGAUGCUGGGACCCAGACUCCAAAACUUAGCAGCAGGUAAUAAACAAUAAAGUCUUCAAAUAUUUUCUAUAAAAAGAAUUUAAUGAAAAAGAUGUAUAAACCAUUAAGCUUUAAGGGGACUUC